ACCUGUCAGACUCGUGUUUAUGUCGCAAUCGCCACACACUAUAGACCCCGUAACAUAUUGUAGUAAAUAUUAUGCUUUAAUGCAGUUUGAUGUGCAUUUGUGUAAAAUUCCAGUUUUAUUUCCCCAUAAAUAUUAUUUAUAUUGUUAAACAAAGUAGUUAAAUAAUAUAUUAAAAUUUUAUAAUAACCAAAAAGCUAAAAAUAACAAAAACAAUGGGGAAAUCAAAAACAGGAAAAACAGCCGUUGUUAGUUUAGUGUUAGCAUUCAUUUUUGUGCUCAUAGCAUUCACCACACCCUACUGGCUAAUAAGUGAUGGCAAAUUAGAGAAUCCACAGUUCUUAAAUAUUGGACUUUGGUUGGUCUGCUUUAACAAUUUUCGAGAUAUUCGUCAUCUAUAUGACAUAAGAUUUAACACUUGUUGGUGGGUUUUUGAAGAGGAAUACUAUAUAAUUCGUGACACAUUGCUCCCGAGCUUUUUUGUAGCAACACAAUUCUUCUUCACGCUGUGCUUCACUCUUAUGUUAAUUGGAGCAUUUUUGACGGCUCUCUACACUUGUUGCUCACGGCAACAUGCUAAAUACCAGCUUCUUUUGUGGACACUUGGUGCCAUUAUUACUUUGGCUGGCAUUUGUGGAAUCAUUGCCGUGAUAAUAUUUGGAGCCCGAGGUGAUGGAAGAGAUUGGAUGCCUGAUUGGGAACAUAAUGAUAUUGGAUGGUCAUUUGCACUUGGUGUAGUUGGCAGCUUUUUACUUUUGAACUCUGGAAUUUUGUUCUUUAUUGAAGGAAGACGUUUUAGAAAAAAGAUCGAAAGAAUGUUAGUCGAUGAACCCAAGACUCAUACUAAUAUUUAAUAACCUAAUUGGAAUUAUACUUGUAAUCAUAGAUAUUAAAUUAUAAAAUUAGCUAA